CAUCGCCACGUCCAACACGACAUUUUCAAUCUCUCCAAACGUCAAAUAAGAUGGUGACCAAGUCCAAGAACCCCAUGGUGGCCACGACAGCGGGUGCCAUCGCCGGUGGCAUUGAGAUCCUCACCAUUUGGCCCAUGGAGAUGAUCAAAACCAACCUACAACUGGGUACUAUGCGCGCCCAGUACACAGGAAUGGUCGGAGGCUUCCGUUACCACAUCCAAACCGACGGCGUCGGUUCACUAUACCGCGGACUGGCACCAGUGCUCGUAGGUUCCAUCCCCAAGGCCGGCAUCCGGUUUGGAGCCUUCGACUUUAUCAAGCGGCGACUGGAGGAUGAAAACGGCAAGACGUCGGCCAUGCGCAACCUCGCAGCAGGUAUGAUGGCCGGCUCCAUUGAGGCCACGUUCACUACAACACCGAUUGAAACGCUGAAGACCAAACUGAUCGGUGCCAACGCUGGUAUGUGGGAAGGAACGAAGAUGAUCCUGGCCAAGGAGGGUAUCCGCGGCAUUUAUCAAGGACUCUGGGCCACAAUUCUGAAGCAGUCUACGAAUCAAGGUCUGCGCUUCAUGUGGUUUAGCGAAUUUCAGAAGCGCGUGAACCCCGAGUUUCUGGAGCGACAUGGCAUCAUCAGUGACGCCCAGAACAUGACUGGUAGCCAGCGAGCGUCGCUGAGCCUCAUCGGCGGCAUGACGGCUGGCAUCUUCAGCGUCUUCGGCAACAAUCCGUUCGACGUGGUGAAGACGCGAAUGCAGGGACUACAAGCGCAGAAAUACAAAAACACGUUAGACUGCUUCCGUCAGAUGCUGCUGCAUGAAGGCGUAGGAUCGUUUUACGCCGGUGUGGUGCCGCGGCUAGGCCGCGUAAUUCCGGGCCAGGGCGUCAUCUUCAUGUCGUACGACAGCAUCACAAUGGCCGUCUCCCGCUACAUUGAGGGCUAAAGUUGAAGUAUUUCUUCCCAGUCAGCCAGCCAGUCGUUCGACCACCAGUGCGGUCGCCGCCCGAUUCGCAUCGCCUUCUUAACGACCACGACUAAAGUCUCUUGGAGGGAAAGGCUGACAUCCGAAGCAUUGCACGACAACAGAAGUACGAAAGUAGUAGAAGCCGCUAGAAUAGAUUGUAAGCCGAGGGAAACAUGAUUUCCAGGCGUCGUACCAAUUCUUAGUGCCAACAUUUUUUAUUUUAAAUUUUAGCAGUUGAGAGUAC